UGUCAGCUGUUUGCGUGAAUUUUCAUUGAUAAAGUUCUUUGCGCGUACAAUAUUUACCGUUAGAAGACGGUGGUGUCCUUGUUAGUUUGUUUACACGCAAAGUGCCGUUAGUUCGCGUAUGAAUCGGUUUGAAUCAGUGUGAUUGUUGUUGAAUGCAAUCAAGUUGUUCCGUGAGAGAGUGCCGGACAUCCGGAAGGAAUGACACACAACAGGGAUCCGGAUGUCGUAUGUUUCAAACAUUGCGGCAGGAAAAUUUUUGUGUUCGCUGUUCCAUCUUAUUGUCCGGUUUGCGGUUUGCCUUUGACACAAUCCAAUGAAGUGCUUCCCUUCACGUUACCCUACCCGUUCAUAAACGCAACCCAAUCCCCUUGUUCUGUAAUUCUUUGCUCGUCCCGUGGAGAUUUUCUGAGCAACUUUCGAAACAGCGUGAACCUUCACAUUGCCCUCACGGACUCCAUUGGUUCGAUAGUGGAGUUCGACAGUCCGGGCCUGCUCUGGACUCCGGCUAGAGAAGUAGACAAAGCCCAAUGGGGGCAGUGCUUGUUGGUGAUGCAAGUACCGGAAGCGUGGUUUUCCGAAUGGGAUCGAAUGCUGCGCAUGGUGAUAGACGAAGAAGGUUGGAAACGACGGCAGUACGACGAGGAGCUCCUGAAUUGCUAUAGUUUCGUUUUGGAUUUUCUUCGAUAUUUGAAAUAUGAAGAUUUUUCACUGUUUGUUAAUGAUAGACAAAAAUUUUCUACAAAAUUUAUUGUGCCAAAAUCUACAUACGCAGCCAAGUAUAUAACAAUUUUUAGGAGAGUAAAAGAAAGUGGCUGUUGGGCAGAUGAAAUGAAUAGUGAAUGUAGUUGAAUAAAACAUGGAUUGAAGAUAAACGCA